AUGCAGUCUGCUUCUCUUGUGAUGGUACUAAAUUAGCAUCUUAUUUUGAUAAAACUAUUAGAUUAUUUUAAGUAGAGGGCAGAUAUUAAAUAGCAACAUUUGCUAAUCAUAUUAGAACUGUAUAUUCAUUAUGUUUUUCUCCUGAUGGGACCUUAUUAGCAAUUAGUGAUUAAGAUUACUCGAUACUUUUAUAUGAUAUAAAAAAAUAAAUUAGACUUUAAAAUUUUAGUUUUUAUUGUAAUCCUCAAAAUACUGCAUUUGAAGAUUUAUAAAACAAUAAACAGGCAGAAAGUUGUAUUUUAUCUAUUUAUUACUAGUUGA